AUGGCAAUGAAUGCAAUUGUGAAGCGUAUUCUCGAUGGCUUCAAACCAAAGGAUCACGGUUUGACGGCAGAUUUCUUACUGACGAAAUUAACGCAGAUGAAGGGAUGUGGUUGUAAAGUACCGCGUGCGAUUCUGCUGAAACUGCUUGAAGGCUUUGAGAAAGAGGAGAGCAGUGGUGACACUGGAAUCGGUAUUGGACUGGAUAGCUGUGUGAUACCACUUCGUCAUAAAGGAUUAUCCUUAGUGCAAACUACAGAUUUCUUUUAUCCACUCGUCGAUGACCCUUACCUUAUGGGUCGUAUAACGUGUGCGAAUGUACUGAGUGAUUUGUAUGCAAUGGGAGUGGCGCAUUGUGAUAAUAUGCUGAUUUUGUUGGGUGUUGCUCGUGAUAUGCAAGAGCAUGAACGGGACGUGAUCGUUUCUAAUUUCUUCGCUGGUUUCAAGGACACUGCUACGGAAGCCGGUACAGCUGUUCGUGGUGGACAGACUGUACGAUGUCCGUGGUUAUUGCUGGGUGGGGUGGCAACGAGCGUUUGUACGGAGCAAGAAAUGGCCGUAGUUGAUGGGGCGAAAGCGGGUGAUGUGCUUGUGCUAACCAAGCCAAUCGGAGGUCAAGUUGCCGUUAACACGUACGAAUGGUUGAAAAAAGGCACUGGUCGAAUCGAGGAAUUGAAUCUGGAUAAGACAAAGAUCUUGCGUGCUUAUCAGCAAGUACUCGAGCAGAUGUGCCGUUUGAAUCGCAAUGCGGCUCUUAUGACUCUCAAAUAUGCUACUCACGCAUCUACAGACGUCACUGGAUUUGGAAUUCUCGGUCAUGCCGAUAACUUGGCUAAAGCACAAAAAGAAGAAGUGCAAUUCGUAAUUCAUACUCUACCAAUAAUUGAGUAUAUGAAUGAAGUAUCGAAAAUAAUGGGUAAUGGUUUCAAUCUCUAUUCGGGAACGUCUGCCGAAACGUCCGGUGGAUUACUGAUCGCUGUCGACAAAGAAAAGGCUCAGUCGCUAUGUGACGAAAUGAUGCAGUUGGACGGUCAUCCUGCGUGGAUUAUUGGCGACGUGGUGAGUGGAAGUCGGGGUGCUGAUAUUGUCGAAAACCCGUCAAUAAUCCCCGUUCCAUCACGCAUCCACUCUUCUUAA